GUACAAGCUUUGAGUGCAUGGUGGCCACUCCACUCAUUUUCUUUCCUAUAAACAAGAAGAGAAAGCAUAACUUUUGAUAAUCUCACACACCAAAUUUCUUGCUUGAUCAACUGUAGAAAAUGGAAGUUAGGCUGUCCCCACCAUCAACGCAUUUCUUUGUUUCUUGACCUAUUUAACAAGGGUCUCUUGAUGCAGAAGCUUAUCCAAAGAUGACUAAUCUGAGCUUGGUUUCUUGCUUCAACGUAUGCAGGGAUCAGACGCAGGUCUCAGGGCCCGGGACGAGGAUCUGGAACUGCACGGAGAAGACCAUUGAGCUUCAAGUGAGAGUCGGGUGUAUACUGAAGAAGGUUCACACAUUGAAGGCGGGGUCAUCAAAGAGGUUGAAGAGCAAGAACAUCUACAAGGCGUACAUGCCGGGAAAGGCUAAGGGGAUAAAGGAUUUGCUUUACUACUAUGAUGAAACAUGCCAUCCAUACAUAUGGAUACAUGAUGCUGGGUGUGAUUUUUCUAGGAUGCUUAAGCAGCAGUAUAUUAGUCUUGAGGAUUUGAGAGAUUGUUCGGAGAUCAAAGUCUUUAGGGAUCAUCAGAGGGGAUGCAUAACGGUUCGUAAGAAAUCGAGGCCUGAUUUUUGUUGAUGUUAUGAUCCAGGAUUCUUGCUUCUUUGUUUCUUGUUUCUUUUCUUUUGUAAUUUGUCACUGUUGUUUCCCGAAACUCUCUUGUGAAUGUUUCUGUAAGAUGCAAUUUUUUGUUUUCAGAUGGAACUUCUAAAUGUUCAUGUUAGUGACAACUUUCUUUUUUUGACU